CCUCGGGACGCGGCGGGAGCAUGGAGCCGCGGGCCGGCUGCCGGCUGCCCGUGCGGGUGGAGCAGGUCGUCAACGGCGCGCUGGUGGUCACCGUGAGCUGCGGCGAGCGCAGCUUCGCCGGGAUCCUGCUGGACUGCACGAAAAAGUCCGGCCUCUUUGGGUUGUCUCCAUCAACUCCACUGCCCCUGGCUGAUGACUCCCCUGCCAUCAGCUGCCAUGAGGACGGGGAUGGAAAAGCAAGGCUGCCACAGUCUGGCUUCCUGAAUCCUCCCUGCAGGGACCAGCCCCUCAAAGAGGACCAGCUCCUCAAGGCGGCUGCCCCCGAGCCCCCCCAACCCCUUGUACCCCUGCUCCCUGCUGGGACCCUGCCCCCCUACCCACCAUACUUUGAAGGUGCCCCAUUUCCCCACCCGCUCUGGCUGAGGAAUACCUACCAGCAGUGGGUACCACAACCACCGCCCAGGACCAUCAAGCGGACCCGGAGGCGUCUGUCCCGCAACCGCGACCCUGGCCGGCUCAUUCUGAGCACCAUCCGCCUACGGCCACGCCAAGUACUGUGUGAGAAAUGCAAGAGCACCGUGAGUCCCCAGGAGGUCAGCCCUGGCCCCCCAGCCGCCCCUCGGGCCCGCAGGAGACUGGGCAGUGGCCCGGACAGGGAGCAUCGAAAACCCGAGGAGUCAGAGGACAUUGACCCCACAGCUGUGGCCACCUCCAGAAGAAGCAAGAGGGAGAGGCGAGAGGAGGACAGGGCUCCUGGUGAGCAGGUCCCUCGGAGCCCGGUCAUCAAGAUCUCCUACAGCACACCCCAGGGCAAAGGCGAGGUGGUCAAAAUUCCAUCUCGUGUGCAUGGCUCCCUGGAGCCCUUCUGCCCCCAGCAGGCUCUGCACAAUGGCAGCCAGGACCCUGAAGCACCACGGGACACUGAGCCCAGGGGCAGUGGGGACUGGCCUCCCAGCGGGCCCUUGAGCUCCAUUCCCAAGCUAAAGCUGACCCGUCCCAUGCCUCCCAGUUCGGACCUGCCGCCUCCCAAGAUCCGCCUGAAGCCCCAUCGCCUGGGGGACGGCGAGCAUGAGCCCUUGUACCGAGCCGAGCUGGUGGAUGAGCUGAACGGCUGCCGGCGGGGUCCCCGAGCCAGCUUGCCUGCCCUCUCUGUAGAUGGCUCUGCCCACAGGCUGGAGGAUUUAUCUUCUGGAAGUUCUGGUGAGGACGAUGACUUCAAGAGGUGUCCCCAAGGUAAACAAGGGCGCGAUGGCUUGGCUUUUCUUGUCAACUGCCCUGAGAGGAGAGCUGUUUGCACCAGUGAGCCCAUUUGCAGUAGUGACAGCCUGGACGAAUCGAAGUCGUCUAGCUCGGAAGUGACAUCUCCAGACACAGGUGACCUCUCGUCCGGCGAAGGUGCCUCUGCGCCUUCCUCUUCCCGGGAUGCUCGCAAGACUGUCCCGCCCUUAACGGUCAGGCUGCACACGCAGAGUGUCUCUAAGUGCGUCACCGAAGACGGAAAGACCGUGGCCGUAGGGGACGUCGUAUGGGGUAAGAUUCAUGGUUUUCCUUGGUGGCCAGCACGUGUCCUUGACAUCAGUCUUGGCCAGAAGGAGGACGGAGAGCCCUCUUGGCAAGAAGCGAAGGUCUCGUGGUUUGGGUCUCCAACUACAUCAUUCUUGUCUAUUUCAAAACUCUCCCCUUUCUCUGAAUUUUUCAAACUGAGAUUUAACCGUAAGAAGAAGGGGAUGUAUCGGAAAGCUAUAACCGAGGCUGCAAAUGCCACACGACACGUGGCCCCAGAAAUAAGAGAGCUCUUGACCCAGUUUGAAACGUAACUUUGGUUCUGUGACCAGGUCACCGACGAUGAGGGUGCAGCUGUUGUCCUGGAACUUCUGACUUCUGUCCAAGGGGCCCAUGUGCCUUCUGGCUGGCUGCGUGCGGAAACAGGCUAGGCCCAGUGGCCAGCCUGGCUCUAGGUCCUAGAGGAGCAGGUGUGUGCAGGGAGGGGCCAGCCCAGACUCGGCUCCUCUUGGCUGAAUGUAUCUAUCCGGGCUGCAGUGUCCCUGGCUGUGAAGUGGCCUGGAACUCGGUGGCAUGCUUGCUGCUUCGUAUGCUGAGUGCCAGCAGCCUUCAGGCUUGGGCCAUCCCUGUGCAGAAAGAGGCAGGGCCCAUCAUCACUCUGGCUUCUGGUUGGGGUGCCGUGCCCAACCACAGAGUGUCGUCCUGGUCAUGGCCUCAGCUGCUCCACUCAAGCCAACCCACAGGCUUGAGAAAACCAAAUUGCACGUGUGGGCUCCCUCCCAAGCCCUUGGGUGCGGGCUGUCUGUGUUCUUGAGAGCAGGGACUGUCCGCAUCUCCCCCAUGUAUCUCCCAGAGCACGGGUCCCCUGGGUGUCCAGCCCCGGCCUGCAGGGCCACUUGUCCAGAGAUGCUGCUACAAGUCGCCAGUACUGUGAGGAGGGCAGACAUGGAAAACAGGCGUCAAGUUGAGGAGAGACCGCUCUGCCCCUGUGAGAGUCACUCCUUUUCCCUCUGUCACUUUAAAGACCAAAAAGAAAAAAAGAAAGAAAAGGAAAGUUUGUCUUCUGGUCUUUCUUUGUUUAAAUGUGAGGAAUGAAAAGAAGUCUGUGUUGAGGUUUCUCCCUGAGGUUGCACCUGGGGGAGUCUGCAGUCACCUGACCGCUUGGGUCCAGGUGGCCCCACACCAGUUGCAUUGCCUGCUCUCACUUGGGGGGACACUGACCACCUGUUGUGAGUGCAGUUCCCAUCGCUUAAGUUUUCUGGUCAGAGUUUGAGUUCCCUGGGCAGAGGCAAUGCCCCUGCAAAUGGGCUCGUUCUGCUCUACGCUCCUCCGGUGAAGCCUCUUGU